AUGACCGAUCUUGACCCCUCUGUCAAAAGAGAAAAAAAUCCCUACUUCUCUAUCCUCGAAGAGCUAGGCGGUAAGCAAUAUGAGAUUAACUGGGAGCUGGUUGUGCGUUUGCAACGCGGAGCGAUCACCAUCGUACUGUCGAUUGUGCUACCAGAUCAAGACCAACCAGUAGCAGAAGUUGCUUAA